AUCAGUCCUUCAGGGAAGAAGUUCAGGAGUAAACCUCAGUUGUCCCGUUACCUCGGAAACACAGUGGAUUUGGGAUGUUUCGACUUCCGGACGGGGAAGAUGAUGCCUGGAAAACUGCAGAAGAACAAACAGAGACUCCGACACGACCCGCUCAGCUUGUCCAAGGGAGGUAAACCGGACCUGAACACAGCUCUGCCAAUCAGACAGACAGCAUCCAUUUUUAAACAGCCCGUUACCAAGGUUACGAGUCACCCCGGCAACAAGGUGAAGACAGACCUGCAGAGAGGGACCGAGCAGCCCAGACAGGAUCUUAACACAGCAGCAGACUCCAGCUGGGGCAAGGGGCAGAUCAGAGUGAAACUACCUGAAACUACAGCCAACCGUCUGCCGUCUGUCUGUCUGCAGCUGUUCUGGGAGAGGAGGUUGAAAGGUCUGCGGUCAUCAGACGUCACAGGGGAAGUCCUGCGGACCAUGAACCUGCCCAAAGGACUGCAGAGCGUCGGUCCGGACUCCAGCGAUGACAGUCUGCUCUCGGCCAUCGCCAGCGCUCUGCACAUGAGCUCUGCACCGAUAACGGGACAGACGUCUGUGGCCGCUGAGAAGAACCCGGCCAUCUGGCUGAACACGUCCCAGCCACUCUGCAAGGCCUUCACCGUCACUGACGAACACAUCCGAGUCCCUCUGUUCACUAGCCUCAGGUUUAUCAUCAUCUUCAUCUUAAUCCAGACAACAAACCAAAAAAUGGACCACCCACAGACCGAAGACUCAGCAGGCGAUUGCUUCGACGUUCCUGUUAAGGCAACAUCACACUGGACAUCUAUCAGCAUCUGGAAAUUUUCCAGAGCAACAGCAGCGACCACAGCAAUAAUGACAUCAGCAAUGACAAAAACACCAGCAACAACUACAAUAUGACAACAAAGAACUGCAGCAGCAAUGGUUGCAGCAACAGAAAACUGCAACAUAGGAACAUAUGAGGAGCAACAGCUGCAAUGAGUUGAGUGUCUAUCAGCUUAAAGCAACAACCGAAGCCUUUAAUCCUUUCUGUGAUUUAUCAUCUGUACAAACUUUACAACAAGCGCUUAUCUUUUCUUUCACUUUUCAAAUUGUGAUUCUUUUUAAUAUAAAAGUAAUAAAAAAUAAAAAAAAUACUGAAGAGCAACGCCCUCAUCGAACCCAAAGUCAGGUUGCAAACUGCUGGACGGCUUUUGCUAACUCUACUAACUCUUAAUAAGCUCUUUGAUGAUUUUAGUUGUUUGUGGUGUCAGAUUGUUGUCGGUUUUAGAGAAGUCUUCAGGGAUUUUUAAAUAAAUAAUGAGAAUUUACAUGAAUAUGAAAUAGAACAAUUGCUUAUUUAAGACAAAUUUUUUAUACCUUAAGAGAACAUAAGUGUACAUUUCUUGGACUGGAGUAAAUAAAUAAUUAUAUUCA